AUGUUACCUGGUUUGUUUGGAAGAUUCGAGACCACCCGAUCGGCCGUGGCAAAUAUCUACCAAGUUAUAUCACCGACAACUACGGUCUUGACGCGCUGGAAAAUAAUGCGAAAACGGGUAAACCGUACGAAGAUAAUCUGUUUCUUCCGCUGUCUGGCUCUCCACAAUGGUUGCCAUACUAAGAACCUAGAAAGAGAUACCAAGUACCAUUACCAACAGUAUCGAGAAGCUGGUCUCGCUAAAAAGAAAUUUCAUGGUGUCAAGAUAAGUGAACUAGACUAUCUAGAAAAAUUGUAUGAACUGAAUAUUCAAGUAUACAGUCUCGCGCCUACUCAGAGCCACAGUGAAGACGAAGACAAUGAAGAAAAUACUCCCGACAUUGCCGCCACCCUGCUUUGCCACUCUCACCGCCACUACUCCAGCACGUUUUACUUGAACUUGUACGAAAACCAUUUCUCGUAUCUUAAAGACCUGGUCCGGUACAGUAAAUCCUUCUGCUGUUCAAGAUGUGGCAAGUACUGGAAGAAAUCGUCCAGACUGAAUAGACACGAAAAGACCUGUGACGGCAAAGUCCAGCUCAAGUACCCAGGCGGAGCUUACCAUGUCCCUAGAACUAUCUUUGAAGAAUUAGAAGACGAAGGUAUUGUCGUUCCUGAAGAAGCCCGCUAUUUUCCUUACAGAGCCACCUUCGAUUUUGAAUGUUACUUUGACAAGAAGAAAGCUCAAGAAUUAAAGAACACUGAAAAGUUAACCUGGCAAUCCGCCCAUGUGCCCUUAAGUGUGAGUGUAUGCAGGAACGUGCCUGGUUACCAAACACCUAAAUGUUUCGUGUCAGAGGGAGAUUCAGACCUACUUCUUAAAGAGUUUGUGCAGUACCUCACCACGAUUAGCACCAAAAGUUCAUCCCUGCUCCGCCAAAGGUACGCAGAAGUAUUUGAAGCUCUUGAAACCGCAAGAGGCCCGAAUAACAGUGAAUCCCACGAAUUAGCGCAAAUUCUGGUAGACAUACAGGAGGGCAGUCAGAAUUACAAUGAAGUUGACAGUGAAGAAGAGAGCGAAGAUCAAAGUAGCGACACUGAUUUAAUGGCAAGUGAUAAUGAAGAAGAUGAAGAAGAAGAAAUUGAACCGGAGAAUGAAGAAGACCGCGCUUUUCUCGAUGAUGAAAUACAAGAACAAGAAGACGUCUCCUUUUAUAGAAGAUUGGACGUUGAAGUGGACAGAGAAAGAAGACAGCAACUGAGACAGACGCGGGACCAGUUAGAAGAGUUACAAGAUAUUGUAGGUGGUUCAGAGGACGUCAGUGACCACAAAGUCCUCAGUCAACUAGAGGAGAAACUGAACGCCUAUACACAAGAACUCCCAGUGUUGGGUUUCAAUUCCGGAAAGUACGACCUGAAUGCCUCCAAAAAAUUCCUGUUCCCGUACCUCAUCAAGCAUCAGCCCAUCAAGUUUACUGUGAAAAGGAAUAAUAAUCAUAUGUGUAUCAAGACAGACUCUUUAAAGUUUCUGGACAUCUCUAAUUAUCUCGCUCCAGGGUUCAGCUACGAUCAGUUCCUGAAAGCGUAUGAGUGCGAACAGACCAAGGGAUUCUUCCCAUACCAAUGGCUAGACUGUUUGGAUAAAUUAGAAGAAACAUCGCUGCCCCCUCACGCUGCCUUCUACUCAAGUCUGAAGAACGCUAACAUCACGGGUGAAGAGUACCGAUACUGCCAGCAAGUAUGGGAAGACAAUGAAAUGUCCACCUUUAAAGAUUUCUUGGUUUGGUACAAUAACCUGGAUGUAGUACCUUUCCUUGAGGCAGUAGAGAAAAUGAGUCAAUUCUGGCAAGAGAGAAAGAUUGAAAUGUUUAAAGAUGGGAUUUCUGUGCCUGGUCUCACCCUCAAGUACCUCUUCUCAUACCUCUCACCUCAAACGUACUUCAGUCUCUUCGAUCAAGCGAACAGUGACCUCUAUCACUUGAUCAAAGACAACAACACGGGCGGCCCCUCAAUCAUCUUCCACCGAUAUCAUGAAGCCGGCAAAACAAAGAUCAGAGAAGCAGAGGAAGGCGAGGCUGCUAAGCUUUGUGAAAAGAUCGUGGGCUAUGACGCGAAUGCUUUGUACCUCUGGGCUAUUAUGCAGAGCAUGCCAACGGGAAGUUACACGCGACGCCUAGCAGAGAAUGAGUUCAAACCGAAAAGUUCUGUAUUCAUUGCUAUUGAAUGGUUGGAAUGGGUGGCGCACAAAGAGGGAAUUCACAUCUGA